AAGAAGUGAUAGAGAUAGAGAUAGACGUGAAUCAUUAAGUGACAGGCGUGAUGGGCGUGAUGACCGUCGUGAUUCAUAUAAUAGUUCACGUUAUGAUAGUAGACGUGAAUCAAUUAGUGAUAGGAAAGAUAGACGUAUUUCAAUGGAUGAAAAAAAAGAUGAAAUACGUAAUCAAGGUUUACAUAAUGAACGAUAUGAAAUGAAAGCUCGAACUAGAACACCUUCACCUAAUAGAACAUUAGAUGAUGAAAAUGGUAAAAAUUUGUAUCAUAGUCCACAACGUGAAUUUGAUGUUGAAAUGCAAGAUAUAAGAAGUAGUCAAGUAGAAUCAAUAGGACAAGCUUAUGACGAUACUGAAAGACAAUCAAGACAAUCACGAUCAGAAUCACCAAAACCCAUAAUAGAUACAGUAGAUACAGAAGAAUUCCAGGUACCCGAAGAUGAAGAUGAUAAUGUAAUUGAUGUUUCAACUAAUGAUGACUUAAUGGAAGAUGAUGACAUUUAUCAAAUAAAGGAUGAUAUGCCUACUACACCACCUUCACCUGAUAAAGAUCAUUCAUCGUCUUCGGGAAAACGUCGUCAUUCCUCAUCUCAUAAACAUCGAAGUAAUAAGUAUCAUAGAUCAUCACAUCAUCGACGAGAAUCUUUGGAUAAAGAAGACCACGAAAGAAGAAGUUCCAUGUCCAAAUCUCGUCAUAAUACUUAUUCAAAAGAAGAUUACCAUCGAAGCGGAAGCCGAAAACAUAAAAAGCAUCAUUCAUCACGUCAUCAUAGUAGUCGUCAUCAUAAUAGUAGAUCUAAAGAUGGUGAUGGUAAUAGACGUAGGCAUCAUAGCAGAGAGAGGGAUGAACGGAGAUAACAAAUAAAGUAGGUUGUUUAUAAAAAUAAUAAAUAGGAAAUGUACGUAGUAAGAACAAACAACUUUAAUUUGUUGGAUUGUAUUUAUGUAAAUAGUAUAUUUUUAUUUUAAAUAUACUAUAUACAUGUAUAUAGCUUUAAAAUCUUAAUCUUUUUUUUUAAAAAAAUUGGACAAUUAAUAUAUAAAAAAGGAUUGAACUGAAAUUACAUUGAUGACUACGUGUUCAGCUAGAUGCUGAUUUUUUUUCUUAUUGUUUUGUUUUAUUACAAGUACUUUCAUUUUUCCUAUAAAAAAAAAUCCACAUUCUAUUAUAUAUAUAUGUAUAUCAAGUUAUUUUAAUAAAGGAUUUGUCAUUCCAUAUAA